UGAACAUUGAAAAAUAGCCUCUUUGACCCCUCGCUCGUCGCAACAUUUUUUAGACAACAAAGUCUUUUGAGCUCUAUUAACGGAUAGCUGCUCCUUACCGUAGAAAUUGACUCACGCCGGCCGACAAAUUGCUUGAACAUGAUGGAUCCUGCACAACUGCCUGCAUGGGAUCUUCCUCGCGGCGUCGCCUCACGCUAUGUCGACACUUCGCCAGUAGGCCUGAAGUUCCACAUUCUCGAGUCUUUCCCAGUAGAUGAUCCCUCCGGAAGUCCCCCACCCCUGAUUAUACUUCUUCACGGAUUCCCAAAUUUAUCUUUCGACUGGUGUGCUGUCAUGCCGAAGCUCGCCGCGGCCGGGUACUAUGCAGUCGCCCCUGACAUGAGAGGCUUUGGCCGGACGCAUAACGCCAAUCUGAGACCCAUCGGCGAAGAGACUGUUCGUCCUCUCACAGCGUUACGGGAUGUGGUUACCUUGGUUCAUGCACUCGGCUACGAGACCAUUCACACUCUCGUUGGGCACGAUCUCGGGGCGUUCGUAGCUUCCAUGUGCGCUAUCACGCGGCCAGAUAUGAUCAAGUCCUUGGUCUUGAUGGCGCAUCCGUUCAAGGGGUCUCCUCAGCUGCCCUUUGGAACUGGAGUCGCACCGCGAUUAGCAUCUGUGCUUCGUCCCAAACAGGAGGAUAGCGGAAAGACGGCCAAAGUUGACAACGACAUUCAAUCCUCUCUACUGAAGCUCGAGCCACCAAGGAAGCAUUACAAGUACUACAACGCCUCAUCAGGAGCAGUUGACGAAUGGACUCAUCCCACGGGCCAGCCAAUGCACGACUUUCUUCGGGGAUACUUCCAUCUCAAGUCUGCAGACUACAGUCUGAACAAGCCUCGACCCCUCGAAUCCUGGACGGCACAAGAGAUUUCCGUCAUGCCGCAUUACUACGUCAUGAAGGCCGACCUAUCAAUGCGUGAAAACAUUGAGCUGGACAUGGCCCAAGAGUCGGCCGACGUGCGAGCCAAACUCAGCGAAACACCAUGGCUUACCGACGCGGAGCUACAGGUCUAUGUCGACGAAUACUCUCGAAACACGUUCCGACUUUCUUUGUUGUGGUACAGAGUCCUCAUCGACCCGGCCUUGUCUGCAGACCUCCUCUGUUUUGCGGGAACAAAGCUAGCGAUUCCGACAAAGUACGUUUCUGGGACGCACGACUGGGGUACAUACCAGGUUCCUGGCGCUCUUGAAGCCAUGGAAAGCGGCGAGAGCGUCCGAUCUGAUUGCUGGAGGGGGUCGGUCAUAAUUCCCGGGGCGGGCCAUUGGGUCAACAUUGAGAAAUCUGAGGAGACGGCACAAGAGAUCCUCGCAUUGGCCGGGUCUCUUUAGAAGAAAGGCGCGGACUCCCCUGGUCAACCAAUCCCCCAAAGUCUUUGUCGGGAUAACAUGAGACGAAAUUUUGCUAUGUAUGAUUUGUGUGAGGUUUGAGCGAGUUCUAUGUUUCAAUGUCUCCUACACAACGAGAUUGUGAGAUCGAGGCAAGAUAUGAUUCGCAAAACGGUGGCGGACUUAAUGACAGUAUUCGAACGAAUGAUGGUGUGUGUACUUCCUAUUGUCACGAUACUGCACUCACAAAUGUAUUGCUACUCUCGAGUUGCUCUUUUUACUUUCAACGUGGCAGACGCGCUUCGGAAAAGAGCAUUUCUGACUUCAC